CAGAUAUAUGGAGUGAUCAUUCGUUUCAGACAGACCCUGACUUACCACCUGGCUGGAAAAAAAUCAAUGACAUCGCUGGGAUCUACUACUGGCACAUACCAACAGGAACAACUCAAUGGCAGCGUCCUGUGUCCAUUCCAUCGGAUCUCCAAGGCUCACGGAAGGGAUCACUUGGCUCCAUUACUCCAUCUCCCACUCCAGAAACUGAGAAACAGCCAUGGAGUGAUUUUGCUGUACUGAAUGGGGGAAAGAUUAAUAGUGACAUUUGGAAGGAUCUGCAUGCAGCGACUGUGAACCCAGACCCAAGUCUGAAAGAAUUUGAAGGAGCAACCCUACGCUAUGCCUCUCUGAAGCUCAGAAAUGCUCCACAGUCUGAUGAUGAUGAUUCCUGUAGCAUCAACAGUGAUCCAGAAGCCAAGUGCUUUGCCGUGCGCUCUCUGGGCUGGGUAGAAAUGGCCGAGGAGGAUCUGGCUCCCGGAAAAAGCAGCGUUGCUGUCAACAACUGCAUCAGGCAACUGUCGUACUGUAAAAAUGACAUCAGAGACACCGUUGGCAUCUGGGGAGAGGGCAAAGACAUGUACCUCAUCCUGGAGAACGACAUGCUCAACCUCAUCGACCCCAUGGACCGCACCGUCCUGCACUCGCAGCCCAUCGUGAGCAUCAGGGUCUGGGGAGUGGGACGCGACAACGGCCGAGAGAGGGACUUUGCUUAUGUGGCAAGGGACAAAGACACAAGAAUUCUGAAAUGUCAUGUGUUUCGAUGUGACACGCCAGCAAAAGCCAUCGCCACCAGUCUGCACGAGAUCUGCUCCAAGAUUAUGGCUGAACGGAAGAACGCUAAAGCGAUGGCUUGCAGCUCCUUACAAGACAGAGCAAACAUUACCCUUGAUGUUCCCCUGCAAGUAGAUUUCCCAACGCCCAAGACGGAGCUGGUGCAGAGGUUCCACGUGCAGUACCUGGGCAUGCUGCCCGUGGCCAGGCCCGUGGGAAUGGAUACUCUGAACAGUGCUAUCGAAAGUCUCAUGACCUCCUCCAGCAAAGAAGACUGGAUGCCAGUUACCAUGAAUGUUGCUGAUGCUACUGUCACAGUCAUCAAUGAAAGAAAUGAAGAGGAAAUCAUGGUGGAGUGUCGUGUCCGGUUCCUGUCCUUCAUGGGAGUGGGCAAGGAUAUCCACACGUUUGCCUUCAUUAUGGAUACAGGGAACCAGCAUUUUGAGUGCCACGUUUUCUGGUGUGAGCCAAAUGCAGGCAACGUAUCAGAAGCUGUUCAGGCUGCGUGUAUGCUGCGGUAUCAGAAGUGCUUGGUGGCCAGACCCCCCGCGCAGAAAGUUCGGCCCCCGCCGCCUCCUGCGGAUUCGGUGACCAGAAGGGUCACGACUAACGUGAAGAGAGGAGUCUUGUCCCUCAUUGACACUUUGAAACAGAAACGCCCCGUCUCCGAGCUGCCCUAGCUGCGCGGAGGAGAA